AUGUAUAAAAAGAUAAACCCCGCUGAAAUCGCUUCAUGCGUAGAGGGUACUAUCGAGGGUUUACCAAUAAUACUUACCAUGAAAGUGCAUAACUUCGGUAUUAUCAAGCCAGAUUUAGUCGUUCAAGCAAUGAAAAAUUUUACCGGCUCUCGCCAACUGGACCGCGACACGCGUUGGUCUAUUGAAGAUACUAUGCUGCGCCUGGACGUUGAUUUGUCACAUUUCUCAGAGCUCACAGAAAAGGCACCGAAAGGUGAGCUCGUCAAGUUGCUACAACUAAAGAACGUUAAAUUAGCCGAUCAAUGUCGGGUAAACCUGCUUAUAACCUCGACGGGAAAGAUAGAAUGGCCACUGAUACAGUCGCAACGGAACAAUUCUCCGAAUCCUCUGCCGCCUCAACCUUGUAUAGAUUUCCCCACACGUCCAGAAAUCAACUUAGAAAUGUCUGAGGAGUUAGGCGCGAGGCGUGAACGCAUCAGUGACGCUCUAACGGUAGACGCCAGUAAGCUCAGUGAUGUGAAGGUAAUAUUCUAUCCUAAGUACAACCGCGGCAACGUCUUUUCUACCAGCAUCAGUCUUUUUAACGGUAUCACAAUCCGAAUUUUGAUAGAGACCGUGAGAAUCGGCGACUAUCGUAUCAAGCGGAAGAAGGAGGCUUCUUUGUCACCAAAGCAACCGAUUAAUGUAAAGCUUAAGGUUUGCGCUAGCACCCCUCGGAAAGAGAAAUCGCUUACAGUCCGCUUUAACGCUAAUGAGUCUCAUGGUGUGGUGGACCUUGGGGGUAUCCCAGAGUUUCACGCCCUUGGGGCGUCGGGAGGCAGCAGCCCCGCGAGCUUCCCGCAGGCACAGGCACAUCAUCGUGUUCACCGCGUGGCUGAGUGCUCCAAGGCGCGAGAGGAUAUCUUUAUUGUGGAUUUUAUUGCCGUUCGGGCGGCUGCUGAGCUCCCUACGGAACGGGAACUCUACAUCUCGACUCAUAACCAUCUGCACUCAGUGACAGAAUUUACUAGCGAUCUGAAUAUGGAAGCUGUGCGAGCGCAGUUACUUAUGGAGUACCCUUACAUGCAGACGGCAGAUCUUGAAGAGCAGCAAAAAUUCUCAUUAUUAGUAUGGGGGUGCGUGCGAGAAUAUGCUGUUAAUCAGAUUUUGGGGUUGCCGCAUUCAAUGUUAAAAGAUGAAAGUAAUUUGUUGACGAAAAUAAUACCUGCUUAA